AUGAAUUCAUUGUCGACGUCCCUUUCGCGGCUUUCUGUUUCGAUACAAUCCUUUCGAGGGAUCAGCUGUACUCCGGUGCAAUGUUCCGUGUUCAUGAAAAGACAGAAGAAGAUUGACCCUGAGGUAGCGAAACAACGAGAAAUUCGUAGGAGAAAGCGGCUGGAGAAGGAAAUCAGGCAGAUGCAAAAACACAGCAAGAAGCCAAAGCCUGUCGAUGAGCUGACAUUGGAUAUCAAAUCUGCGAAAAAUAUUCGGUAA